AUGGGAUCCCACUGGAGACGGGGAGGCCAGCAAAACCCCCCAGGCAGGUUCCCUCCUGCACACCCGAAUGUCUUCCACGGGGAAAUCCAGAGACUCAACUACCUCCUGGAAAUGGAGAGAGCAGGAAGGUUUGAAGACAACCAAAAACUGUCCCACCUGGAGGCCGAGCUGGAAGAGACAAAACUCCAGUUAAAGAAACAGAAAGCUCUCAAAGAAACAUUCAUCAACCAGGCCAAAGAGGCAAAGAGGGAACUAGAGAGAGUAGAGAAGUUCAGUGACCCAGCAGUCCUUAAUGCUGCGGUCACUGCUUCCAAGGUUCACAGCGACAUGAAACACAUGAAGAAGAAGUCCUUACAACAAGACUUUGAGGAGUUGAAGGUGGCCCACCUCCUCAGCCGGGAAGCUUUUGUAGCUGAAAUACAGGCUGAGAGAAAGAAAAGUGAGGCGCUCCAAGAACAACUGAACCAACUCCAGACUUCUUUCGAGGAGCUGAGCUCCAAGCAUGAAGCUGAUGAUGCUCUGCUGAGGCAGGAGGAAGAAACACAAAAGAUUCAUGAAGCCAGGCUUCAUGAGGAACGACUGCUGGAGAACCUGAGAUCUGAAAAAGACAAAAUGUUUCAGGAAAUGUCCCAGAAGAUCGAGUUCCUGCAAGCCAGCGAGAAACAUCUGCAAGAAGAACUGAUUCAGCUCAGACGUUCAUAUGAGGAACUGAACGGUAAAUAUGAAAGAGAUGUUUCUACGCUAAAGGAAGAUGCUGAAAAAUAUCAGGAGGAGCUGAAACAGGAGAAAGACGCCAACAUUGAAAGAGAGAAGGAGAAUCUGCAGCUCAUCAAAGACCUGAGAGCUGAGAAGGAGGAGCUCUCCCAGAAAACAUCCAGAGAAAUAACAAUGAGGCAAAAGAGGGAGAAGCAGAUGCUCCACGUACUGGAUCAGGUUCACGGUUCAUACGAGGAGCUAAAAUGUCGGUUUGAAAGAAACAUCAUGGAAAUACAGCAGCAGGUUGAGACAUGCGAGAUGAAGAUAAAGCAGGAGGAAAUCGCUCGUUCAAACACAGAACAGAAAGAGAAGAUUAUCCAGGAGAGGAAACUUUCUGCACUGCAACAACUCAAAAAACUUCAGCAGCAGACAAAAGAGGAAAGAAAAGUUCACCUGAAGAAAAGAGAGGAGGACAAGGUGAGUCUGGACAAACUGAGAGCUGAGAAGGAGGAGCUCCUCCAAAAAAUGUCAGAAGAAACAACAAUCUGGCAAAACAGAGAGAAUCAGAUGAUCCAUGAACUGGAUCAGGUUCAGGUUUCACACCAGGAGCUAAAAUCUAGGUUUGAAACAGAGAUCAUGAAUUUACGACAGGAAGUUGAGAAAUACCAGCAACAGUUAAAGGAGGAGAGAAAAUCUCACAUAGAGAAAACAGAGGAGGACAAAGUGAGUCUGGACAUCCUGAGAGCUGAAUAUACCAUCCUCCAGGAAAAAACGACAACAGAGAUCAAAUUCCUGCAGGAGAAGGAAAGGAGCAUCCAGGCUGAGCUGGAGGAGGUUAACGGUUUGUACCAAGAUCUGAACUGUCGGUACGAAACCGAAGUAACUGCAAAAAAACAACAAGCAGAACAAUAUCAGGAAGAGAUCAGUUGUCUGAAAAAUGACCUGGAAACAUCAAGAGAUGAUUUACUGCUGGCCAACAGUCAGAGGGCUGAGGAAGUAGAUUUCCACCAGAAACACCUCACAGUUUCUCCAGAGGAAGAAAAUUCUCAGAACCAAAAUGACCCGGUUAAAAUCUCCAGUCCAGAGGUUUCUCCAGAGGAGGAAAUCUCAGGAGAACCUUUAUCAGGUUGUUCUUCAGAUCCUGAAUUCUCAGGAGAGACCAAGAUCUCUGGAGAAAGAGACCAACAAAUGAAAAAAGAAAAGAAAAAAUCCAAAAUUUCAUUUUGGAAAAAGGUCCAAAACACUCUGCGGUGGAAGAAACCGAAAAAGAAACAAAACAGUGAAGAGAAUCAAGAACAAGUCUGAAGUUCUUGAUUGUGAUAUUUAGAGGAGGAGAAAGACGUGCAGGAGUCGAACCGGGGAAUCGAACGUGUGGAGGUUGUAUCCUCUGUGAACGGGGCGCCAUGCCACGCUCCGUCAAAUUUAAAAUUUAAAAAGUUUUCCCCGUUGACAAACUAGAAAAUAGAUCCCUUCCCAACCCAAUUGGAAAAAAGGUGGGCAGCACGGUGGUGCAGCGGUUAGCGCUGCGCCUUCACAGAGACCAUCUGUGUGGAGUUUGCA